UACAUGCAAAAGUGGUUGACGUACUACAAUAUUCUGACAGCACCACCCUUGGUGUCUACCCAUGCCACAAAGAAAAUACACAAAGCUUUUAUAGAGAUAUCACUGUAGAUAUAUUGAAUCGAAGCUGUUGGUUUGGUUGUUUUCUUCCUCUCUCUCUCUCUCUCUCUCUCUCUCUGUGGAAUUAUCAUUAAAUUUAUCUGGUCCUUACUGUCUUCCUCUAGCAGUUAAAAGAGGUGGGCACUGUCAUAAAAACAAGAAUCCAUAUUCCUAUCAAUCAUCAUCUCUUAUCUUACAGUUCUGGCUCUUUCUACUUAUCUUUUUGAGCUUUAUUUGCUGUAAAUGCAGCACGGUUUAACCAUAUUUUUUUGAUGGGGAAGAAGGGAGGGACUUCAUGGUUGACUGCCGUGAAAAGGGCUUUUAGAUCUCCUACUAAAGAGAGUCAUGACAAGAGAAGUAACAGAAGAAGGGAAGAACCUGAGCAAGAAGAAGAUGAAGAAAAGAAGAGAGAAAAGCGAAGAUGGAUCUUUAGGAAACCCACAAGUCAAGAAACGGUGACACAACAAACACCAGUGAAGGCUACCGCUAGUACUCAGGCUACAGGUAAUGGUGCAGGUGCAGCAACAGACAGUGCAACUGCUGCAGCAGACCAAAGGCACGCUAUUGCUGUGGCGGUGGCUAAGGCAGCCGCAGCCGAGGCUGCGGUGGCCACGGCACAAGCGGCUGUAGAGGUGGCUCGGUUAACUAGACCUUCUAAUUAUGCUAAAGAACAACACUAUGCUGCCAUUGUUAUUCAGACCGCUUUUAGAGGAUAUCUGGCAAGGAGAGCUCUUCGUGCGCUAAAAGGAUUAGUGAAGUUGCAAGCUUUAGUAAGAGGUCACAAUGUGAGAAAGCAAGCCAAGAUGACACUCCGGUGCAUGCAAGCUCUGGUUAGAGUGCAGGCUCGGGUUCUUGAUCAAAGAAUAAGGCUCUCGCAUGAUGGAAGCAGAAAAUCCGCAUUUAGCGAUACAAAUAGCGUGUGGGAAUCACGGUAUCUUCAAGACAUUUCGGACAGAAAAUCACUAUCAAGAGAUGGAAGUAGCAUUGCAGAUGAUUGGGAUGAAAGGCCUCACACAAUUGAGGAAGUCAAAGCUAUGUUACAACACAGAAAAGAAGCUGCUUUGAAGCGGGAAACGAACUUAUCCCAGGCAUUCUCCCAACAGACGAGAAGAGCUCGUAGGAGCCCGUCAAUGGGUGAUGAAGGCGAUCUCGAAGGUAGACCAAAAUGGCUUGACCGUUGGAUGCCUUCUAAGCCAUGGGAUAACAGAGGAAGAGCUUCAACAGAUCAAAGAGAUCCUGUCAAAACUGUAGAAAUGGACACUUCCCAGCCUUACUCAUAUUUGGCACCUAAUUAUAGAAGAACAAAUUCAAACCAAUAUCACCAAGCUCAACCCCAAAACCAAAGGCCUAGUUCACCUCUACAUAGAGCUCAACAUAAUGCACCCCUCCACCACUCGCCCAUUACACCCUCUCCAUCCAAAACCAGGCCUAUUCAAGUUCGGUCCGCGAGCCCUCGAUGUCCUAGGGAAGAGAGAAGCUCAAUUUCAUCUCAAACUCCGAGCUUAAGGUCCAAUUACUAUUACACCGGCAGGGUUGGUACUAACUAUAGUGGUAGUGGCAAUAAUGCUGCUACAUUGCCUAAUUACAUGGCAGCAACUGAGUCUGCAAAGGCUAGAAUCAGGUCUCAAAGUGCACCAAGGCAGAGGCCAUCUACGCCAGAGAGGGACAGAACUGGUUCAGCAAGAAAACGGCUAUCGUUUCCAGUCCCAGAACCUUAUGGUGUUGGGAUGGGAUAUGGAGGUUAUGGUCAUAAUUUAAGGAGUCCAAGUUUUAAGAGUGUAAGUGGGUCACGCUUUGGAUUGGAACAACAAUCUAAUUAUUCUUCUUGCUAUACUGACAGCCUUGGCGGUGAGAUCUCUCCAUCUUCAACUAGUGAUCUGAGAAGGUGGUUGCGGUGAUCCCUGGAAAAAGUUGAAAAACAGUUUGGGGACUAUGUAGCUCCUUUGUCUAGUUUGCUUUUAUCAGCUUUAUAGAGGGUAGUAGGGUGGCUAUUCGGCUAAGGUAGUUUGGGUGAUCAAAGUGUGUUAUUCCUUGCUGAUUUUUCUUGUUUGAGUUUUUUCUAUUACCAAUUUUUACUUGAAAGCGAAGCUAUAAGUGGGGCAAAUGUGAUGACCCUCCUCACUGGAAUCUUAUUUCAGGAUAUUCAUAACUAAAUUGAGUGACUCUUUUGACUGUCUAAUAUAAAGUAACCCUGUAAUUCUGUUCUUCUGUUGCCUCUAUUUUAUAUAUAAAGCCUAUCUUCUUUCCGUGUA